GUCGAACCUGCGAUUGUCCGGUGCUCCGACGUUCGAGGGGGUGGCGCACAUGGGCAGGACAACCUGCUGCGGAAUGACUUGGCCGACCCCAGCGUGUCCCUUGCGGCGGGUCAGGCAGUAGUCAGCGCUCGUGGAAACCGAGUGUUACGAAUUCAUCUCGCCCGGCCCCUAUACCACACGAUCGUGAGCCAUGGGAGCCCCGAGCAAGCAACCCCCACCCAGCAGCACAAGUACAUCAUCGUCCAUCCCGGCCGGGCCGGUGACGUUGCUGCCCAACGCCCGAAAGUGGGGCCGGCACAGAACCGGAAGAGCGGCGAAGGCACGAUCAUUUCUGCAGAAAUUGUGAAGACAGUGAAAGCCAAACGCUCGCACAUGCUCGCACGGCCGGCCGAGGCGGCCGGCGGCGAGCGCUGCACAGAGUUCCAGCCAAAGGCCCCCAGCAGUGAGCCUGCGGACGAUGUCGUUUGGUUAAUUUGA